CAACUUUGAAUUAUCAUUGAUCUGCAGCUGGCAUUGUUCUUGAGGAGAAGAACUGGCCACCAUUUCUUCCAAUAAUCCAUCAUGAUAUUGCCAAUGAAAUUCCAAUUCAUCUUCAAAAGCUGCAGUAUGUUGCAUUUACUACCUUGUUGGGGCUCUUUGCUUGUCUUUUGUGGAAUGUAGUAGCGGUCACUACUGCAUGGAUUAAAGAAGGAGAUGUAAAAAUCUGGUUCCUAUCUAUUAUUUACUUCAUUUCAGGGGUUCCAGGAGCAUAUGUACUGUGGUACCGUCCACUCUAUCGUGCUUUUAGGAGCGAAAGUGCAAUGAAAUUUGGAUGGUUUUUCAUGUUUUACUUGCUUCACAUUGGAUUCUGCAUCUUUGCUGCAGUUGCUCCUCCAGUAGUUUUCAGAGGCAAAUCUUUAACGGGUAUCCUGCCUGCAGUGGACCUCAUAAGCAAGCAAGUAUUGGUUGGGAUUUUCUACUUCAUCGGCUUUGGCUUAUUUUGUCUCGAAUCCAUCAUCAAUGUCUGGGUUAUUCAGCAAGUGUACAUGUACUUCCGAGGUAGCGGUAAAGCUGCAGAGAUGAAACGUGAGGCCGCCAGAGGGGCCUUGAGGGCUGCUAUAUAAAUAUCCAUCUUUUUGGGCACUGAUUUAUUAUUACCUGAUACACGAGGAGGCUAGGCACAGAUGUAUGCGUGUUACAUAUGUUAGGAUUUGUUCUUCCCUAUGUAUGUUGUUAACCUUUAGACCCAAAGUGCCAAUAUAGACAAACAGUCAAUUCUGCAUAUUUAUUUUUUUUCAAAGGGUUUGUGUGUAAAUUGUCCUUGACUUAAUUAUUUUUGUAUUCUACUCCCUCCGUACUACUACGGAGUAUUUUUGGUCUUGUUUGGGACAAACAUUUUCGAUUAGCGUUAGCAUUAUGGAUAAGUU